AAGUAAUAUAUCAUGGUAUGGAAGUUAUAAGGUCAUUAAUGGGUUUUUUAUGUAAACGGGAAAAAAUAUUGAAGCUUUCCUGUUAUUAGUGAAUUUCCAAAAUGGCCGAAGGUGGAGAUUUUCAGUUUGAUGAAGAUGAAGUAGAAGAUGAUGCUCCUUUAGAAAAGAGAAAGAAAAUAUUUCUGAAGGAAUUGCGCUGUAUGAUGUAUGGAUUUGGUGAUGACAGGAACCCUUACACAGAGAGUGUGGAGCUGCUUGAAGAUCUGGUGAUUGAGUACAUCACAGAAAUGACAAAAAAAGCAAUGGAUGUUGGUCGCCCAGGAAGGAUAUCUGUUGAAGACAUCAUCUUCCUGAUUCGAAAAGACCCAAAGAAAUAUUCCCGCGUAAAAGAACUUCUGAUGAUGAAUGAGGAACUGAGAAAAGCCAGAAAGGCCUUUGAUGAAAUUAAAUAUGCGACAACCAAAUGAAAAGAUGUCUCUCGAUUCUUGAAGAAGAACAUAGUUCCUUUAAUUAUGGAAUUUGGUUCUAAAAGAGCAUGGAUGUUGUAUGAACUUGCCUGGGCCUGUUUGUAAUUUGAUUUGUUUGGGUAGAAGAUGAAUAUUCAUGAAAUUGACAUAUUUUAAAAUGUUUACAAGCUGUUUAUUACAGCAGUAAGCUUUUCUUUCAUUGUUAUUUUUUUAAAAACAUAUAUCAUCAUUGAGAAAAGUAAACUGAUAUGAACUCUUUUUACUAUUAAAGUAACAUUUUAUAUAAAACAAUUUAAAUAAACGGAUUUACCAUU